GCGGACACGGUGCUCCACAAACUUCAACUUCAACCCGACAACCCGGAGGCAGUGCGCCGGGGCCUGCGCAGUGCACUCUGCUUGGUGAGCACCGAGGUGGACGCAGUCCUGGGCUUCCUGCGGAGCCAUCAGGCGGCCUGGACUGCCCCGGGGGCGGCCCACGCUGCCGCCGAGCUGCUGGCGGAGCUGCGGAAAGCUCCGCUGUCCAAGGAGCGUCUGAGGCGAGUUGCCGCCAUCUCAUCGGAGGCCUUUGUGCUGAGUUUGGCGCAGGGCGCCACUCCCACCGCCGAGGCCUGCGGCCAACUCCUGGCCCACGCCGUGGCGGCCGGGAGCAGCUUGCAAGGCGAAAGGGAGACGCUGCUCGAGAUCUUCCUGGACCUCUUGCAGCAGAAAGCCCCCACGCUCGCCCAGGCCGAGGGUGCGGCCAAAGCCUUGGCCUCCCUAUUGAUGCAGGCGCUCUGCGCGCUCUGCGCCUUCCCGGCGGGCGCUCAUUGCCUGGCGGGCGCCCGGCAAUGCGCCCGGGCGGCGGCGGCCGGGCUGCUGCAAGCGGCGCUCCAAGACGGCGCCGUGAGGUCCUUCUUUGAAGACUUUGCUGCGGUGGUUGCAGCAGCCUCCCUUGAGGAGCACUCGCCUGGCGCUUCGGUGCUGCUGACCGCGUUGCUGGGCAGCGCCUCUGUGGUGCUGAGGUCCCGCGGUGCCGGUGAUGCCAAGGUGAUGUGCGUGAAGGUCCUGGGCCGGGUGGCCGAGGAGUUGCACCAAGAGGCUCCGAGGCUGUGUUGCAGCUGCCAGGAGACCAGUGAGAAGCAUGGCCACGACGCGCCGGAGAUCCGCGAAAACUGCGACCAGUGCCUCCUACGCUGGGCAGCCUUCGAAAUGACCCAAAGGUACAGCUUGACAGCCCCUCCCGCAGAGCCCUGGCUGGCGCGCUUUCUGCUGGUGGAGUCUUGGCAGGAGGCUCACCGCCCGAGUGCCGCACUGCAGCUGGCAUGUUGGGCAGAAGAGGAGCCCAGGUGCCCCGGUGGCACAGAGCUGCUGCGGCGCGCCGGCGCCUGGGUGGCAGGGCAAAGCUCCGCCCGGGCCGUGGCCUCCGACCCCCCCGCCGACCCGGCCCGGGCCUGGCGCCGGGCGCUGGGCGCGGGGGCCGCGCUGCGGCGCCAGCGGCUGCUGCAGCUGGCGGCGCAGCAGCUGCGGUCGCCACGCGCGCUGCUGACGCUCGGCUGUUUGGAUGCCCCUCAAAAUGUGAAGGACAUGCGGCGAAAAGCGUUCUCCGUGGAUUUGACGGCAAUACGUUUGGAAGCAGGUGUGGUGCCUUUGCGCUUAGCUCGAUGUCUGCAGGCGACUCUGAUCAAGCGGGGGGGAACCAUCCGGGUUAUGGCCUUUUCCUUGAAGAUGGCCCUGAAGGGGGUCCAGGAGGCCUCCUCCGUCUCCGAGCACGGCCUGCGGAGCGUGGUGGCCGUCCUGGACCACCUCGAGUCCAGGACCGAGGACAUCGAAGAGUGCCUCCUGAAGUUCAACCGGCUCCUGACCUCGACGCUGAGCUCCAAGACCCUGGAGCUCAUCGCGGCCUCUGCCUUCCCACAGAGCAUCGUGAAGACCAUCAAGCGCCACCUGGAGAACCCUCCGAUCGUGGCCUUCGCGUGCCAGUGCAUCGCCCGCUCCGCGACCUCCGUGGAGGCGGCCGGGAGUUUUGUGCGCGCAGGCGCCCUGGACGAGGCCUUCGCCGCCAUGGACGCGCACAAGGCCCACGGCGGCAUCCAAAACGUGGCGCUGUUCCUCCUGCGAAACGUGCUGAAGGACCCCAACGCGGCACGCCAGGCAGUAGCCGGCGGGGCCAUCACCCGGGUAUUGGCCGCCAUGAACCUGGCCACGGGGCGGGAGAUCCAGUUCGGAGGCCUGGUGUCGCUGCGGCUCAUGAUGGAGGCCUCGCGGGCGAACCGCUACUACUGGCAGGAGAGCUUGAAGGUGGCCAGGGCCUCCAUCCAGGAAGCUGGCCUGCAGGCCAAGGUGAACCACCAGUCGGACGCGGCGCUGUGCCAAGCCGCGGAUGAUGUGCUGGCACUGGUGAUCCCCAGGUUCAAGGAGGUGCCCUGUUGGCACUGGCAGAGUGGGUGGUGCAAGAUGGGGCCCAAGUGCACCUACGCCCACGGCAGCGAUGACCUGCGGACCUAUGGCAAGGCAUCUGGCAAGGGCGCCUACCGCCGCGAAUGA